AUGGAGCAUAAUUACCCCAUACCAGUCUACAUAGCAAAGUUCUGUCCACAAAAUAAAGCUGACUGGGACCUUAGAUCCAGGCACCUGAACUGCAGCAAUGACGACACUAAAAUUCACAGAUACCACUGUGUACCAAACAGCCAAAAAACGGCUUUACUGGAGUUCUGUUACGAUAUUAUCAGACCACUUGUACAGAAAGAUAAUUGUAUGGAACUAGCUCAGAGCGGGACCCUUAACCAGUACUAUUGCAAAAAAUUUCUCAGUGGCUGUCCAGAGACACACUAUUACAGUGAUGAGUCCUAUCUCUAUCCAAAUUGUUCAAGAAUCGAUCUAUAUGGAAAGUGUUAUAUUGCUGACCCUAGUUGUGCAUAUGCAAGCACUACGUUAGCUUCAGCCACUGAAACCAUCAUUUCAACAGGCACGUCCCUGUCGGAAAACUUGACCUGCACCCACGUGGAAUCGACUCUCACCAUUGUCUCCACCAUUCUUAGUUUCCUUAUCGUGUUAUCUUGUCUUACAAAUAUUGUUAUCCUUAAGCGAAGGUGGAUACAAGAUGCGACAAAUAUAGAAGACAUAGUGGAAAGUGAAUCCAUGCUUCGAGAAUCUCUUCACCAUUCAGUCUCUGACGAGGAAGGGCAUCUUACAAGUUUUGAUCCUAAGAAUCUUCCUGGUUCACCAAGACGUAAGUAA